UCAUUAUCCUCUUAAUCGUUUAUCUACCAAUUGUUGGUCACUUCAUUAAUUUGGCUUCCUGGGUCCACCCUCCGUGCCAUCGGUCCAAAUCUUUCUCUCCCGACGGUGUUGGGAAUCCUGUGCGGUAAAGAAUUUAUCCUGAGCUCUGAGCCGAGGAGUGGCACAGUCGAGGUUCGUGAAAGCCUGGAAGGACGAUGUUCUAUUAUCCCAACGUGCUCCAGCGCCACACCGGCUGCUUCGCCACCAUCUGGCUGGCAGCGACGCGCGGCAGUCGGCUAGUAAAGCGGGAAUAUCUGAAGGUGAACGUGGCUAAGACCUGCGAGGAGAUCCUCAAUUAUGUGCUUGUGCGAGUGCAGCCCCCCAUGCCCGGCCUGCCGCGGCCUCGCUUCUCCCUCUAUCUCUCAGCUCAGCUGCAGAUCGGCGUGGUCCGGGUCUACUCUCAACAAUGCCAGUACCUCGUGGAGGACAUCCAGCACAUCCUGGAGCGCCUGCACCGAGCCCAGUUGCAGAUCCGCAUUGAUAUGGCAGAGCCUGAGCUACCCAGUCUGCUGCUUCCUAAUUGCCUGACCAUGAUGGAGACCCUGGAAGAUGCACCAGACCCCUUUUUUGGGAUGAUGUCUGUGGAUCCCAGUCUUCCCAGCCCUUUCCAGAUCCCUCAGAUUCGACACCUUUUAGAGGCUGUGACCCCAGAGAGAGUUCUUGAGGAGAUCCCUCCUGAAGUCCCUACAGAGCCCACGAAGCCAGACAUCUCGGUCACUGUGCUGUCUCCGGAGGCUAUCACCCUGCAGGAGGAGGAGCCUAUCCGCAUGCUGCGCAUAGAGGGUGAACGGGACCUCCCCGAGGUCAGCCGCCGAGACCUGGACCUGCUGAUUGCGGAGGAGGAUGAAGCCAUCUUGCUAGAGGAACGCGAGCAAGAGUCCAAGGAGGAGCCCCGGGCUCCAGAGGUUGACACCACAGUUCCCCCGCUUUCACCUACAGCUCCUGCAGAGGUGGAAGGGAUAGAAGAGCCACUUCCAGGCCAGAUCCUGGGCCUUGAGGAGCCAGAGCCGACCGCCUGGAAGCCUGAGACCCUACUCAGAGAGGUGACCCCUCCACAGGAGCUGCUUCUGCCGGCCCCACCCAGCCCUCGGCGGAAGAGGCCCCCACCUCCCGAGAUCCCACGUGCUCGCCGCCGCCGCCGUCGCCAGUUACUGUUCUGGGACAAGGAGACACAGAUCUCCCGGGAGAAAUUCCAGGAACAACUGCAAACCAAAGCCCACUGCUGGGAGGAGUGUCCAAUGGUGCAGCCUCCAGAAAGGAUGAUCACAAGCCCUGCAGAGCUGUUCCGAACCCCAACCUACCCUGGCUGGCUGCCCUCAGAACUCCUAGCUUUAUGGACCCGCUGUGCCCAGCCACCACCAAAAGCACUCAGGCGAAGGCUGCCCCAUGAGCCUGAAGAGGAGGCUGCUGAGGAGGAAAGGAUAAAGAUAGAAACUCCGAGUGAGAUAGAGGUUUUGAGGGAGGCCCAGGAGCCCAGUGUUCCCCUCAUGCUGUCUUCAGAACUCUCCCUAGAAGCAGCUGAAGAGGAGAGGUCCCGCAUCAGCCUCAUCCCGGCAGAGGAACGGGCCUGGGCUGAGAUGGAGCAGCCAGAGCCCCCUGCACUGCCCAUGGUGCCUGAGCUCCCCGAAGUGCCCAUGGAGAUACCUUUGGAGCCACCCCCAGAGCCUGAGCUGCUCUCACUGGAGGCUGUACACAGGGCAGUGGCACUAGACUUGCAGGCCAACAGGGAGCUUGACUUCAGCAGUCUGGUGUCACCUCAGAGCCCCCGCAGGAUGGCUGCCCGGGUCUUCUACCUGCUCCUCGUGCUCUCAGCUCAGCAGAUCCUUCGUGUGGAACAAGAGAAGCCAUAUGGACGUCUUCUGAUCCAACCAGGGCCUAGAUUCCACUGAGGUUAUAGCCCAUUUAUAAAACCACCAGGAACCAGCUACAUUAAACCAUGUCCUGCCCCACUGC